AUGGCAGAAGAGGAUGCAAAGCAUGCACCUUUCUCUAUUUUUUUUAAAGGCUGUGGAUUCCUGAUGUUUUAUCAAAUGGGAGUGAUGAAAGCUCUACAAGAACUGGCACCUGAGAUACUGAGAUCAGCAUCCAAGAUCUAUGGGACAUCCUCCGGGGCACUUAUAGCCACAUUAGUGACUUGUGGGUGUGAAAUAGGCUGUGGAUUCCUGAUGUUUUAUCAAAUGGGAGUGAUGAAAGCUCUACAAGAACUGGCACCUGAGAUACUGAGAUCAGCAUCCAAGAUCUAUGGGACAUCCUCCGGGGCACUUAUAGCCACAUUAGUGACUUGUGGGUGUGAAAUAGAUGCAGUGGUUGGUUACAUGACUGAAACUGUGAAAAAUAUGGAGGGUUCAAUCCUCCGGUACCUGUAUCCAAAUAAUAGAGUAAUCCUGAAUAUACAGAAGGCGUUAGAAAAAUGUCUGCCAGAUAACGCUCACCAGCUGGCUUCACGGAGGCUGCACAUUUUUCUUACUCAAGUAUCAGGUCUCCAAAAUGUUGUGGUAUCAGAGUUCAGCUCCAAGGAGGAGAUCAUUCAGGCAGUGUCCUGCAGCUGCUUCAUUCCUGUCUAUAAUGGGUACAUCCCUCCCUCUUUCCAGGGUGUGCGCUAUAUUGAUGGAGCCCUCAGUAGCCCAAAGGCUUUGUUCCACAAGACCAUGAUUACAGUGUCUGGGUUUGCAUUUGACAAUGACAUCUGCCCAAGGGAUAAUCCAGGCACUUACCUCAGUGUGUACACAUUGCAGCAGUUAUUUCAAAUGUCACCAGGAAACUUAAAAAGACUGGUCUGUUGUUUUUUUCCGCCCAGCCGUCUGGUGGUGCAUGAGUUUAUUUUACAAGGGUAUCAUGACGCCGGCUUCUACUUGGAAAGAAAUCGAGAGUUUGGGAUAGAUUAUCUUGCCAGGAACACAACACUCCCUUUAGCCAGUGAGUCCCAUAAGAAAUGCUUGUCCCAGACCAGUGGAGGGUCUUGGAACCAGAACCCAUCAACAAGGAUCCUCACUUCCACUGAUGCAGCUUUCAAGGACCUCACCAGACAGCAUGGCGCGAUGAGCAGGGCGGAGAAUGAAACAGAGGAGAAAACGCAGCAGUUGCCCCUAUACUGA